ACAACUAAAAAUUGAUCAAUUGAAUUUUCUUGAACAAAACACGACAAUUCAAAAAUAAUUGUAAACGACUGAUAAAAAAUAGAUUAUACGAAGGAGAGAGAAGAAGGAUCUAAAAUCGGGGAACGGCUUUCGCACCUUCUUAAGACAAAACCUAAAUCCAUUUUGGGAAAUGUUUUGCGUCGACUAAAUAGGAAAUAAUAUAUAAAAAAGUAAGGAAAUAACAAUAAUACUGUCUUCGUAUAAUUAUUUUAUGCUUCAGAUAAAUAAAAGAUAAUUGAAGUUACCCUAGAAAAAGUAUGGAAAUAAUAUACAACAUUCUUUUUAUAUAAUUCUUAAUAUGCUGUAUACUUUUUUUAUACUUGUUAUGCUCUAUUCACACUUAGUAUAAAUAGAGGAUAAUUCAUAACAUUUUUAAGAUUUUAUUACACUAGUAACAUAAGCAUAAUGAACGAAGAAAACUUACCCUCUGGAAAAAACUCUGCUGAACUUGCAAAAGCUCAUUCUAGUCAAGACCCUCAGAAGGCAGACCAAAGCCUUCAACCUGAAAAUCUUAAAGACAUUUCAGAUUUGGUUCUUCUUGUUGAUACAACCUCAAACGAUGAGUUAGAAAGUCUUUUGAUUCCUGAUAUUGCAACGGUGGGACAAGUGUUAUAUCACAAUAAUGCUUUGACUUAUGAAGAUUCCUUGAAAUGUUUCUUUGAUAAUGCUCACAAAUUUAACAACCCAUUGAAUAUUACUUUAAAAUUUAAACUUGGACUUCAAGAUGAUGGAAGUUCUAUGAAUGAUUUAUUAUUGAAGGCAAAUGGUAUCAAAUCAAAGGGUAAUUUCAAAUUUAAAAUCCAUAUCUUUAAAGUUGUAACUCAUCAAACACCCGAUAGUUUCAAAAUGCCUCCAUUGGAACUUUUCAAAGAUUUGAAUUGUAUUAGCUUCAGAUUUGAUACUGAUCUUAUUCCACGAGUUCCAUUUAAAUCAAGAACAGAACAAGCUAUUGCUUAUCACAAGAACGUUGACCAUCAUAUACCAAUCUCAAUUUCUUGGUUAGGAGAAGAUCUUGAAGAAUUACACUUGGGCCAAAAAGUUAGAUUGUUGGGUAAAAGUUAUGUGGAUCUUGUAUUUCCAAAGUUGGUUAAUGUUGGUUUUGAAUGUUACGAUCUUGUUAGUAGUCAUAAUUUUUCACUGUUCUUAUUAAAAAACAAACGAAAGGACAAGCAGAAGAACUUAAUUUUACGAGACUUUCAAUCGGGACCCCUUUUCGUCAAAACUUUCUUAUAUUUUAACAAUGUUUUUCUUGUAGGGUUUGAAAACCCCUUGGAUACUGCUCAUAUGGUCGGUUUGUUAUGGCUGGCUAAAGAAAUACACCUCUAUGGAACAGCAAUAGAGUAUUAUUUUGAUUGGGCAAAAACGGAUGAAUUACCUGUCACUACUAAAACAAUCUACUAUCUGUGUAAUGCAGAAUGGCCUUCAGAAAUUGCCCAAGAUUCACUUGAAAAAUUAAGAGAGAUAUCUAAGUUAUAUCUGAUUGAUCUAAUUGAAGUUCCUUUCUUACCCGAACAUCAAACUGCUUCGAAGAAUAAUCAACUUCGUUUUCAUCUUUUGAAUUAUACUAAAAUUGUUGAUUUUGAUGAUGUAGAAUAAAAAGUAUUCACUCAUUGAAUAAAUACAUAUUGAAAUAUAUAUUGAACUUUUUAGAUUAUAGCUUCUUAAUCCAAUCUAAUUGUGGUUUUCGAUUACACCUAUUGCACCAAAAAAUUAU